AUGGCUUCACGAUUACUUGAAACAGAUGAAGAACCAACUGAUACAGAUUUGAAAAAGAAUGUAACGCCAUCUGAUUUAUCACUGAACAAGUUACAAAUUGUGUAUUACUUAGUUAUAUUUUAUAUUUACAUCCAUGUUGCUGCAUUUUAUGGCCUUUAUUUGGGUUGUACAUCAGCUAAAUGGUCUACUAUGGGAUUUGGAGUGCUGAUGCAUAUAUUGGGUACCAUCGGCAUCACAGCAGGUGCCCACAGACUGUGGUCCCACAGAUCAUACAAAGCAAAACUUCCCCUGCAAAUAAUGCUCAUGGUAUUUAAUAGCAUAACCUCUCAAAAGACAGUGAUAAAUUGGUCAAGAGACCAUCGCGUCCACCAUAAAUGUUCCGAUACCGAAGGAGACCCUCACAACGCCAGCCGUGGAUUCUUCUACUCGCAUAUGGGUUGGCUGAUGACCAAAAAAUCGGAGGAGGUUAUAAAACAAGGGAAAGUUAUAGAUGUGUCUGAUUUAUACAGCAAUCCUGUCAUACGCCUCCAGAAUGAUUAUCCGGCACCUAUUAUUGGAACACUCUGCUUCGUUCUCCCGACUGUCAUACCGAUGUACUUCUGGGGUGAAACCUUCAACAACGCUUGGCAUUUGAACAUGUUACGUUUUGUCGUGACCUUGCACAUCAUCUGCUGUGUCAACAGUGUUGCCCACUUCUGGGGUUACAAACCGUACGACAAAAAACUUCGACCUUGCCAAAAUCCCAUUCUAAGUUCUGUCGUUCUUGGGGAAGGAUUCCACAACUACCACCAUGUGUUCCCGUGGGACUACCGCGCUUCUGAGCUUGGAAACAAAUACCUGAACCUCUCUACUAUGUUCAUUGACUUUUUUGCUUGGGUUGGAUGGGCUUAUGAUCUCAAGGCAACAUCUGAAGAGAUUAUUAAGAAUCGAAAAGAGCGAACAGGCGACGGCACGGAUCUAUGGGGACACGCUGAUUGA